CAUGACGGCAAAUCGAUCCACCACACAAACAAGAGUCAACAGGGGCGCCGACUCGACACUCGAUCAGCCUCAGACAGUACUACAGCUGCAGGAUCGACGUAAUCCACCAUGAAGCUCGUAAGAUUCUUGAUGAAACUCAAUAAUGAGACCGUGACUAUUGAGCUCAAGAACGGUUCUGUAGUCCAUGGCACAAUCACUGGUGUAGAUAUGCAGAUGAAUACCCACCUUAAAACUGUCAAAAUGACAGCCCGUAAUCGGGACCCAACAUCCCUCGACUCUCUAUCUAUCCGCGGCAACAAUAUCCGCUACUUCGUGCUUCCCGAUGCCCUCCCUCUUGAUACUCUAUUAGUGGAUGACGCACCAAAACCCAAAGGCAGGAAAAAGGAUGAUGCACGCGGAAGGGGCCGUGCACGAGGGGGGUUAGUUGACCGCGGGCGCAGCCGAGGGAGGGGAAGGGGACGAGGAAGGGGUUUCUGAUGGUUCAGUCUUGAAAAUAUCAUGCUCGUAUUGCAUUGUCACAUCUGUAUAUCGUGUUUCUGUUUUUUGCUAAUGCUAAAAUAUUGCACCGAGCUACACAUUCGCUCGGUUUGUA